UUAUUGCGCAAGCUUUCGCACGAAGCGGAAAACUUUCUCGCCGAUCAAACAGCCUCGAGAAAAUCACAGAGACGCCUGGAUGUCCGGAGCGAAUAUGAGGGGAGGAGGAAGGAAUCAAGGAAACUACACCAAUCCGUGCUUGACUAUGCACCAGCCAUGGGCUUCGCUGCUCGUUCAUGGCAUCAAGCGCGUGGAGGGCAGGUCAUGGCCUGCUCCUAUUAGAGGUCGCCUCUGGAUUCACGCAGCCAGUAAGGUUCCUGAUGAAGCUACAAUCAAAGCAAUGGAGGACUUCUAUCAGGAAAUUUAUGCCGUGAAUGGAAUUACUGAUAUAAAAUUUCCAGAAUAUUACCCUGUUUCAAGACUUUUAGGAUGUGUGGAGGUGGUCGGUUGUCUCAGAUGUGAAGAACUAGCCAAUUGGAAGAUAUUACCUGAGGGGGUUAGGCUAGAAGGACAGACUGAUUUUUGCUGGCUUUGUGAGCAGCCAAAGAAGUUGUUAAUUCCAUUUGAGAUGCGAGGGUAUCAAGGUGUCUAUAACUUGGAAAGAAAGGUAUAUGAUGCUGCUGUUAGAGGCCUGACUCCAGUUGAAGGCCCAUUACCAGUGAAAUUUCCACUUCCAAAUCCAAGGGAUCCUUUUUCAUUGAAGCCAGGAUCUUUAUCUGAGCAGUUUGCUGAAUCUAAAACAUCUCCAGUGGAGAAAUCAUCAAGUCUCCAAGCAGCAAUAGCUGGUGCUCGUGCUGCUGCGACACAAUUUUCAAAGAAGGGUCCAAACCUCCAGCUGAAUGGCGUCCAGAGUAGUGUCUCUUUGUCUCCCGUAACAAGGUCUCAGACAAAGAGGAAAGCUUUUGAAGAUAUUAGACAGUUACCCAUCAUUGUAAAUGAAGGAUCUGAUGGUGUCUCUACUUCAACAACAACUGAUCAACCAAACAGGAAAUUUGAGGAAGAGUCUAGUAGACCACCUACCAACACAAAUGGGAAAUUCAAUAUGAAUGAUUUAGCAUCAAUUAACAGAAAGCUAGACAAUCCUGUUAAAUAUGAGGGAAGUAGUAGCAGUGGCCAAGCUCCUUUUGCAACUUCAAAACUGCAUCCUGGGAGUCAUAAGGUACAUGAUUGUUUUUUCUUUUUUCGAGCUAUUAGUGGUGCAAUUACUUUGGAGAGUAGUAGGGGAACGGGGAAAGAAUUAUUAGGUGAUUGGAAGUACCUUGAAAUGGAUAAUAAGGUCGAGGUGGGGGCAAGGAGAAAAGCACCAGAUGGUACUACAAGCAUGGCCAUGGCCAUGGCCAUGACCAUGACCAGUACUGAAGAAAUUUCCAGAUCUUCUUCUUCAACAUCUUGUUAUAACAGAGGGUUGAAGAUCUCAAAAGGUCAAUCCCCCAUGGCCAGUGUCCGUCCUCCUAAAUCUCUUGAGACACUGGCAUGUUUCAGAUAA